ACAGAUGAAGUCGGAUAAGUAAUCCAAGACAGACAAAUCGUGUUCCACACAGAUGAUGUAGGUAGUAGGAUCCAACAACGAUCUGAUGGUUUCGGCCGCCCUCAAUCUUUGCUUGACAUCCAAAUAAGAAGAAGGCUCAUCGAACAUAUAUACAUUAGCUUUUUGCACACAGGUCAUACCGAGAGCAAAUCUCUGCAAUUCUCCACCAGACAAGUUUUCCACUUCUCUGUUCAAGACAUGUUGCAACUCUAACACUCUGAGGAUGUAGUCAUAGGCUUCAGGUCUGGUGUUCUUAGCACUCAAGAUUUUGCCAACUUCCUUUACAGGAGACUUGGCCAAGGCUCUGGGAAUACUGUCCACGUACUGAGGCUUAAUGAUAGCCUUGAUGUCGUCUUCCAACACCUUAGUGAAAUAGUUCUGCAAUUCGGAACCUCUGAAGUAUCUCAAGAUUUCUUCCCAGUCAGGUGGAUCGUCAUAUCUUCCCAAGUUAGGCUUACGCUUACCGGCCAAGAUUUGCAAGGCGGUUGACUUACCAAUACCGUUGGUACCAACCAACCCAAGUACUUGACCUGGUCUUGGAGUAGGUAAUCUGUGCAACUUGAACGAGUUAGCUGAGUAUCUGUGAGUAGUCUCGGCUUCCAAGUUGGUGGGCAAGUUGAUAAUGGUAAUAGCAUCGAAUGGACAUUUCUUGACACAAAUACCACAACCAAUACACAAGUUUUCUGAGAUGAAGGCGAUCUUGGAUGCUGGAGUUACUUCAAUACAUAAUUUUCCAGUCUUGACAACGGGACACGAUUUACGACACUCCUGUCUGCAUUUCUUGGGCUUACACCUGUCAGUGUUGACAAUGGCAAUUCUUGUAGACUUGUCACUCAUUUUUUGACGCAAAUACGUUUACUGUGCUCUUGUUGUAGUUGGCAAAAAA